UGGUGAUGGGAGUAAGUUUGGGAAAGUGUGGUGUGUGAUUCUGCUGCUGCUUUAGGAAGAAGAACGCUGGAGGAACAGGAGGUCUGUAGGAUGGAGGGAUCAGUGCGAGUGCGGGGGCCGUUGUCGGUGGUCUCGGUGGGAGUGGUGAGGUAUCUGGGGGUUUGUUGGAAAUGGAGUAUUGCGGUGGGGUUCGGGGUUUAUCUGUGUUCAGGAGGCUGGAGAUUCAUAGAUACUGCAGCUCGAACCAUCAGGAGAGACGUCAGUGGUCUGUGGGUUCUGAUCCGUGUGAAGUUUCUCGUCCGGCGGCACCUUCGGGAGAGGAGCACCAUCCCAUCCAUCUUCUCUGAGCGAGUGGCGCUGCACCCGGAUAAACCCGCCCUGGUGGAGGAGGCUACAGGGGAGGUGUGGAGCUUCUCUGAACUGGACCAGCGCUCGGACGCGGUGGGCCGUUGGGCGCUGGAGCAGGGCUGGAGGUCUGGGGAUGUGGUGGCUGUUUUUAUGGAGGGUAGGCCGUUGAUGGUGGCCUUAUGGCUUGGACUGGCCAAAGUGGGCGUGGAAGCGGCCCUUAUUAACUUUAACCUGAGGAAGGAUUCACUGCUUCACUGUGUGGAAGUGUCUGGGGCUCAGGGAAUGGUGUUCGGGGCGGAGCUGGUGGACGCGGUGGUGGAGAUCAGUGGCUGUCUGGCUGGCCGUAUGAAGCUUUUUUGCACUGGUUCCUUGCCUGCUGGAUCUCUGCCUUCUGAACUUCCGGUCCAGGAUCUGGAUCUUCAGCUGGCAAACACCCCCCAAACCCCACCGCCAGUCUCUCACAACAAGGGCUUCAACGACAGGUUGUUCUACAUCUACACUUCUGGCACCACCGGAUUACCCAAAGCUGCCAUUGUAGUUCACAGCAGGUUCUACCGUAUCAGUGCGUUUGGAUACUACUCCUUCAAACUCCGCCCUGAUGAUGUCAUCUACACCUGCCUACCUCUGUACCACUCAGCAGGUAACAUCAUGGGGGUGGGGCAGUGUCUGGUGCAUGGGCUGACGGUGGUGAUCAGGCGGAAGUUCUCGGCUAGUCGAUUCUGGGAUGACUGCGUUCGGUACAACUGCACAGUGGUUCAGUACAUCGGUGAAAUCUGCAGGUACCUGCUGUCACAGCCGGUGCGCCCCUCAGAGGCAAAUCACUGCGUUAGGGUUGCUAUCGGUAACGGGCUUCGGCCGAACGUGUGGGAGGCGUUCGCUAAACGUUUCGGCAUGAAACAGAUCGGAGAGUUUUACGGAGCGACCGAGUGCAACUGCAGCAUCGCCAACCUGGACGGCAAGAUGGGGGCGUGCGGGUUUAACAGCGUGAUUCUGCCCAACAUUUACCCAAUCAGACUGCUGAGAGUGGAGGAGGAGAAUAUGGAGCUGAUUAGAGACAGGGAGGGGCUCUGUAUCCCCUGCAGACCAGGUGAACCAGGUGUUCUGGUUGGACGAAUCAUUCAGCAGGACCCCCUGCGGAGGUUUGACGGCUACGCUAAUCAAGAAGCUACGAAUAAGAAGAUUAUACACAAUGUGUUUCAGAAGGGUGACUCCGCCUACCUGUCAGGUGAUCUGAUGGUGAUGGACAGACUGGGCUACAUAUAUUUCCGAGACCGCAGUGGAGACACGUUCCGCUGGCGAGGUGAAAACGUCUCCACCACCGAAGUGGAAGGAAUUCUGAGUGGUUUACUGAACCAGACGGACGUAGCUGUUUAUGGAGUUUCUAUACCAGGUGUGGAGGGGAAGGCAGGUAUGGCGGCCAUCGCAGACAGCACAGGAAGUUUUGACUGUGAGACUUUCCUACAGGAAGUUCAGAAGUCCCUCCCCUCGUACGCUCGUCCUCUCUUCUUACGACUUUCACCAGAAGUGGACACGACAGGAACCUUCAAGAUCCAGAAGACACGCCUACAGAAGGAGGGAUUUGACCCGCGGCGCUCCGCCGACCGGUUCUACUUCCUGAACAGCCGGGCGGGGCGUUACGAGGCUCUGACGGAGGAACUAUAUAACUCUAUAGUAGAAGGCAGGGUAUCAUUAUGAGAGCAGAUAGUGGUGGUGUUGUAGAAAGUGCUGUAAUGACUCAUCUGCUGUAUUUUAGACUCUCUUUGGUCUGAAAAACAAAUGAGAUAAUUUAAUAUGAGAUAAUAUGAUGGCUAGUGUUUUCGUUUUCCUCUAAUUAAAAUUAUUAACACAAGUGAUGUAUUCCGUUAAAAAGGGUCAGUGAGUAUUGCUGCUAACAAAUUUUGGUGGUUAUGUUUAUGAAAGCGGAUGAAAAAUGUAUUUAUUAAUGUUUAUUAAAUGGCAUUUUGUAAAAAUGUAGAAAUGUUCACGUAAGUUUAGCUAUAGUUAACGUAACAAAGAAAGCAACUGCAGAAAAUAAUGGUUUCUGGCAUUAUUGUGCAAAAACAAGUUGGUAACACCAUAGCAACACCAAAGCAAAACCAUAGCAACACAUUAUAGAGUACAGGAUAGUAUAGCAACCAACUGCCUGAUCCAAUUAUGUUGCAAAUCAAAGUGUACGUCUGAAAUAAUGGGUUUUAAAAAGAGUGUAUCCUGCUUUUGUUGGAGCAACUGUAUCUACUGUUUAGAGAAGCUAUUAAAGCAGGGUUUGGAACAUUGCUGUGAGGAUUUGAUUGAUACUCAAUCCUGGCAUUAGAUUAGGCAUGGUGCCAAAUAGGUUCAUAUUUUAAGGUUCAUGCUCAAGAAAGUCCUAUUCUAUUGGCAGUAUUUCUCUACAGGGACUAGACAAGCUGUUUGUGUGCAUUUGCACAUUUGUAUUAGCAAUAGGUGCACCUUAAAGUAGAUGAAUGCAUUUGAUUUACUGUAUGUGUUGCUAGGGGUUGCAAAUGUGCUGCUUCGGUAUAGUUCUCCUUAGUUGCUAAGGUGUUGUAGGUGGUUGCUAAAAAUGUUGACAGGUGUUUUUGCGAAAGUGCUGCAAUGGUAGAGAUGCUGGUUUCUAAGGUGUUGCAAGGCAGUUGAUAUGGUAACAGCCUGGUUGCAAAAAUGUGUUGCUAAGCAGUUGAUAUUGUAUUGGAUGUUUCUAAGGGCUUUCUACUGUAGGUGGUUGUUGAGGCGUCACUUGGGUAUUGCUCUUGGUUUCUAAGGCAUUCCAAGGUGGUUUCUAAGGUUUUGUUAAGUUGUGUUUUAAAGUAAAACUUUUGUCCAAAAAAUAUUUGGCCAAAUGGUGGAAUAAAAUGCAAAAAUGUUUGGUUGAUAGAACUGUGUCCGCAAAUUUUUGUCUAAAAUUUAGGGUGUUAAAAGUUUAUGGAUACAAGCUGGUUGCUUUAAAAGUUUCCUGAACGCUAAAUAUAAAUAUAAUAUUUUUUUCUGUUCAUUUCUAUGGAAGAAAAAUGUACGAACAUUUUACAAAAUCAUACAUUUGGUACAUUCGUAGAGCUUAUUGUGUAGUUUUAUGGUAUAUGCUUUUUGAGCCUGUCCAAUUUAUUUUUUUUGUCAAUUGAUUGGCAAAAUAUUUAGCUUUUAUUUAUAUUUAGUGUUUGGAGGAGCUUUGGAGCAACCAGCAUGCGUCCACAAACUUUUGUAUAAAAUGUGAGAUGCUGAACUUUUCCGGAUGCAAACCGGCUGCUCUAAAAGCUCCUCCAAACAAUAAAAAUUAAUAAGAGCUAAAUGUUUAUAUGCAGGUAAAAAUGUACCACUAUUUUUUGGACAAAAAUUGGACAGAUAAAUUGGACAGAUUUGAAAAGUAUAACACAUAAUACGACCCCAUUAUCUCUACGAAUCUACCAAAUUUGGUUGCUGUGGCUCGAAGUUUGUUAGCUGUAGUGAAAUUUGAAAUUUGAAGCAUUUGGUUGGAAGUUUGCGAACACAUUGCAAUGCAUUUCAGUUUCUAAUAAUGAGAUGCACAAAUAAAAGCUGGAUUAAAUCAAAAAUUGUAGACAAUUAAAAAAAAACAUGGAUAAGAAAAUAAAAAAAGGAGUUAGACUGCCUCCUGCAAUCAUAAUGACAAAAAAAAAACGUUACUUUUACUUUAUGUAAUUUUUUAUGGGACAUGCAUUUUUGCUGUAUAUAUAAGGUUCUGUGAAUGAAUAUUUCCCCAGUCCUGAAUUACGAUGGAUGUGUUUCGUUUUCAGGUGAACGAGUGCCUUAUGAUUGUUUGCAAAAUUGUAAAAAUGUCUGAUGUCGCUGAGUAGUACAUAACGUUGCUGUCCAAUAAGAGAUCUUUAAUUUUGUGUUUAGUAUAUAUUCUGAACAAACAGACUGUCCAUUACACUGAUGGAUGGUCUAAUAGAAAUUUUCUCAAAAUUACGUUAAAUAAACUCUUUUUACAUUGACUUCCAUUGAAAGAAGGUUUAUAAUGUUUUAUCUCUCUCUUCUGUAAAGUUGUUAUUUUGAAGAUGCACGUUUUUCAUUGGACAGCGACGAUAUGUUCUUAUUUAAUUUUAAGUUUCACAGUAUUAAGUUUACCCUCACCACUGGCAACUGGUUCUUUUAGCAAUAAAAUAAGAGACGUAGACUCUGACCAACUUUAGCGUCUUUAAACCACACAGAUCUUUCGUUUCUAUUGUUCUGAUGUAAAUAGUUGCAGUAAAACAAAGAGUGAACAAACUAAUAAAACUGCUGAACCUUCA